CGAACAUGAACGCGCAAAAUUUUUAGCAAGUUUAUCAUUAACACAAAGACGUGAAUUAGAAGCCGAGAUCAAAACCUACACAAUAACAACAACAUCAUCACCCAAUACUACGCGAGCCAACAAAGUUGCUUUCUUAGCUUUAAUGGGUGGACAAGAACGAGAAAAAUAUUUAGCAAGUUUAUCGCCAACAGAAAGACGAGAACUGGAAACCGAGUCCAAAUCCUACACAAUAACAUCAUCCAGUGCUAACUCGCGAGCCAAUAAAGCCGCUCUCUUAGCAUCAAUGAGCGAACAUGAACGCGCAAAAUUUUUGGCAAGUUUAUCAUUAGCAGAAAGACGAGACUUAGAAGCUGAGCUCAAAGAAGGUACCAUCAAGCGGACCACCACCACUUAUUACUCCGAGGAUCCAAAUACACCUGGAUCAGAACGUGUUGAAGUUGUCACAACAGAAGUUGUCACUACGGAUACAGUGACAGAAGAACCGGUAGAUUUGGGGAUUGCUGGUGCUACGACAACGACCAAAACUUUUACCACUAGCAGUGGCAGCGGUGAAGUGACGACGACGACGACAACAACUAAGAAAGAAAAGACGGGGCUUUUUAAGAAAUAA